AUGGCCACCUGGGCGAGCACCGGCUCGGGCCUGAUUGUAGCCAAGAACGAAAAUGGAGAAAAACGAACAACGCAACAAAUUAUAAGUGCCCCAGCCAUCAAGCAUGUUGGCCCAGAGUUCUUACUACCACACCAUCAUGAGCACCCAAGCGCUUUGGAGAACUUUGGUUCUGAUUUGAAAAUUCAGGUGGCUGGAUGUCCUAGCCUGGAGAGGAUCAGCAAUCUGCCAAAUUUGCAGGACCUCAUGAUCAUAAGAUGCCCAGAGUUGAAGGUAUUGGAGGGUUUGCCUGCACUUCAUAGACUCACACUGGAGGACUACGACAUGAAAACACUCCCUGGAUACUUGCAGGACGUAAACCGAAGGGAUUUGCGUCUAAACUGUGACAUCUCCCUGCUCGCUUCCAUAGCUGAAGGGGAAUCUGGCCCUGAGUGGGACAAGUUCAGCCAUAUCAAGCAGGUCAAUGCAUAUGCAGAUGAUGAUGACAACAACAUUGAAAGGAAGUGGUACGUGAAGUACACAGGCGAUCCAUUCAGCUUCAAGACAAACAUCAACGUCUCUGCUGACGCUUCAGGAAGUUACAUCAAGGCGCUCGUGGGCAGUAAGGGAACUCCAGCAGGGUCUCCGCCCGUCAAGGACGAAGACCCAAGCGGGGCGCCGACGCGGCCCCGGACGGUCCUCGGCGCAGGCACUCCAGCAGGGUCUCCGCCCGUUGAGGGCGAAGACCCAAGCAGGGCGCCGACGCGGCCCCGGACGGUGGUUGGAAAUCAAAACAAUGAUGAACCAAAGGUUGAUGCAUUGAAGGACAUUGGAACGUCGUUUAUAGCAAAAUGUGAUGGUUUGCCUCUCGCAGUCAAAGUAAUAGGAGGCCUUCUCCGCCAGAAAAACAUAAGGCGAAGCGACUGGAAAAAUGUCCUAAAUUAUUCUACAUGGCCAGUAUCUCAAAUGCCUGAAGAGCUAAACUAUGCGGUAUACCUUAGCUAUCAAGAUUUGAACCCAGAGUUGCAGUCUUGCUUUCUGCCCAAAAGCGUAUUGUUCGGGUUUGAGCGUAUUGUUGCCAUGUGGAUUGGGGAAGGAUUUGUUCAUGGAAACUCGUGUGAUUUAGAAUAUUUGACUAGAGAUGAAGCACUGGUAACUCAGAAAAGUGAAGCUGGGCCAACCAUUAAUAGCAUUCCAGAAAAUAUUAUUCGGUUAUCACUAGAAAACAAAGGAACAGAGUCAAAUAAGCUAGCAUGGAGUUCUCUGCAAGCACAUAUAUCACUACGAACACUAAUUUUUGGUGGGAAAAGUAAGAUCAACCCAGGUGAUUCACUGUCAUGUUUUCCAUGUUUGCGGACCCUACAUAUAGAAGAUGCAAAUUUUGAUGCAUUGUCUAAAUCCUUGGUCCAACUCAAACACUUGAGGUAUUUGUGCCUAGAUGGCACUAACACAUCUAGGCUGCCAAAAAAAAUAGCCAAGAUGAAAUUCUUGCAGUGCAUUGACCUUACUAAUUGUCGAAGUUUGGUGAAGCUUCCUCGUGGCAUUGGAGAGUUACGGCAGCUGAGGUAUCUAAGCCUUGUAUACUCAGGUAUAAACAAUAUACCCAGGGGUUUCGGCAGCCUAACUAAUUUGAGGAUAUUAUGGGGGUUUCCUGCCCAUGUGGAGGGUGAUUGGUGUAGUUUGGAAGAAUUAGGACCUCUUAACCGGCUCACGAGUCUUGAUAUUCGUGGCCUGGAGAAUGUAUCUUAUUCCACAUUUGCUAUAAAGGUUAAGCUUGGUGAAAAGGUGUGCCUCAGCUAUCUGAACUUACAGUGCACUAGUAGUAGUGGAGGUGCUCACCGGUUGGUGAAACUGGAAGAGCAGCAACACAUCGAGAAGGUGUUUGAUGAGCUCUGCCCUCCGCCUUGCUUAGAAAAUCUUACAAUCGAAGGGUACUUUGGUCAACGACUUCCACGGUGGAUGACGUCGACAGCAAUUGUGUCCCUUGGAUGCUUGAGGAUUCUAUUCAUGGAAGACUUGCCUUAUUGCACGGAGCUACCCGACAGCUUGUUCCAGCUCCCCAGCUUGGAGUUCCUACACAUUAGAAGCGCCCCAGGCAUCAAGCGUGUUGGGCCAGAGUUCUUACUACCACACCGUCAUGAGCACCCAAGCGCUGUGGAGAACUUUGGUUCUGGUUUGAAAAUUGUGGUGAGAGGAUGUCAUGGACUAGAGAGGAUCAGCAAUCUGCCAAAUUUGCAGAACCUCGUGAUCGUAAGAUGCCCAGAGUUGAAGGUACUAGAGGGUUUGCCUGCACUUCAUAGACUCACACUGGAGGACUACGACAUGGAAACACUCCCUGGAUACUUGAAGGACGUAAACCCAAGGGAUUUGCAUGUAGACUGUGAUGUCCUGUUGCUCGCUUCCAUAGGUAAAGGGAAAUCUAGUCUUGAGUGGGACAAGUUCAGCCAUAUCAAGCAGGUCAAUGCAUAUGCAGAUGAUGAUGACAACAACAUUGAAAGGAAGUGGUACGUGAAGUACACGAUAGAUCCUUUCAGCUUCAAGACAAACAUCAGCCCCUCUGCCGACGCUUCAGGGGAUGAAACAGAGGAGGUGUUAUUGGACAAAGUGGAGCAAGUUUGA